AUGCGAUUCGUUUGGUCGAUGAUCACGCAACUGGUCUACGUAGUACUAUUGGCGUUUGCACUGUACGACAUAAACGUGAACCUCAACAAUAGCACGGUCGAGGUGAUCGACCUGAACGCGUUCAUGAUCUCGGAGGGAUUGAUGAUACUGGUGAUGCAUGGUUUGGCGUACCAGAGGUUUCAUUUGCUGGAAAAAUUGGGCAAGCUCACGCGGAUGCUAUCCGAGCAGGACUUCGAGAACAUGGCGAAGUUCGUGCACACGAAGGACAUCUUCGGCAUCAUCUUCCUCAUCCUGCACCUGCCGAACUGUAUCGUUGGUUUGAACCAGGCGACCUUGAGUUGUCUAACGAUUUUAUACGUGCUGUUGGUGUACCUGGCCCUGGACAUGACCUACGUGAACUGUGUCUACGUAUUGAGAGCGUGCUUCGUCAAAAUCAACGAGAACUUGAAGCAGUUGAACGAACACAAAAAACCAUUGCUGGCCAGUGUGUCCUCGCAAAGAGGACGAAGUUUCCUGUUGCUGGUGAAGCUGAAACACUACGAGGAGCUGCACCAGGAGACCAGCGAUGCUGUCCAGUACUUGAAUAAGCACCGGGGUUAA